AUGCGAAUAAUAAUAGGAAAUGGUACUGAUUAUAACGGAAUGAAAGAAUUCCACGUUUCAAUUACAUCGAAUCUUAUCACGAGAGAACCGGAGACACUGGAUAUGCAAAUUCAGAAUAAUAAGAUGGUCGAAGAGGAUGGUGGUGGCGGAUUCAUUACGAAAAACCCAGGCAAUCACUUUAUACUACUCAAGUUUCCUAAUCCUUUUGAAAAAGCGUCCUUUGCAUCCAUAGCAACCAAACCGAUAGUUUACGGGUCAACCGAAGGCAAUUAUGGAACAUCGACAUGA